UUAACCACAGGGAAGCGAUGUUAUUAGUGGAGUGGAGUUUAAUCAGCAUGGCGGACGAAACCACAUUCGUGUACAAAUAUCAGUGGGAGAAUGAGUUUCAGUGGAAGGCAAGGCGAGUAUUUAUACAGACUCAUGAAGCCAAAUUUGAAGAUCGAAGAUUGGCAUCACUCUCAAAUGCUUGGGCAAAUUGGAGAUUCCAUGGAUGUACAUAUUGCCGGCCAGUUCAGGCAAUGUUGAAUGAACUUGACCAGGAGCUUCCAACUGAAGUCCAAGUAGCAUUGGGCAAAAUACCUUCCCACAAAGGAUUAAGUCAGGUAAAGUUUCAAGAUUCAUCUGACUCUUGCCAGAAGUCCUGUAGUGUUUUAUCUAAGAGUCCUUUUAAAGGCUUUACCAUUUUCGAGCCCAGAAACCCUGCAAUUUUUAACCCAAUCAGCGUGUUGACAGAAAGUGCUCAAAAAUCAAAAAAGACCAUAGAAUUUCACUACUUGGGCCUAAAAGAAGAUAAAGAUAAAACUCUUCUGCAUGUAACAGCAGUUGCUAUUGAAGGAGCUAUUUUAGGAACUGGAAUGGCGAGAAGCAAGAGAGAUUCCAAGCAGAAUUGUGCCUGCAAAGCACUUGAAAGAUUGAGAACUUCAGUGCCUGUGAAACUGCCAGUAGAUCACAAUAGUAUAGAAAAUGUAGAAAAGGGAAAAUUGGUCAAAUCAGCUUUUCAGAAUGCUAAAAAGAUUGAUGACACAAAUAUAGGGAAUAUCAUGUUACGAAAUAUGGGUUGGACUGGUGAUGGAGGACUUACCAGAACAGGAAUAGCUGAACCUGUGUUUUUAGAAAGUUCAGAUAGAAGAAAAGGGUUUGGACAUGAAUUAUCUCUCAGUAUCAGAAAAAGUGCAGUUGAAGAGACUCUUCUUAGGUUCAUAAGUGAAAGUGCAGAUUCUGAUAUUAAGUUUUCAAGUGACCUUUCCAAGGAUGAUAGAGCAUUGAUUCAUAGAUUGUGUCGACAAUAUGGCCUAAAACAUAAAUCGUUUGGUAAAGGAAAUGAAAGGUACCUGAUUGUCAGUAAGAAGUGAAAGUUCUUUUUAUUCCCUC